AUGGCUUCUCUAACACUGUCGAACAAUCUCAAGUCUCCAUCGAACAAUGGGGCUAGACUCUUUGAGUCUCUCGCGGCUUAUCUGCAGCCCUCCAACACAACACCGGCUGCAACCAUCGCAGAUGAGAUCAACCAGUCCGCACUCAGCCAAUUAAGGAGCGCUGAACCAGACAUCGAGCCCUUUCUUUGGGAGAUAUGGAAGCUUUUUAUUGCCAUUGCGAGGCAGAUUCCGCCCGACCAUCCUUCCCAAGAUCGAUUGGUGGACGUCGUCCAAGCUCUAGGGGAUACACGUCUGUGGACGGAUCUACCCCUGCUGGGUCCGAGCGUGCGAGAGGCGUGGACUUCUCCAACAUCGGUUACCAACAAUCCGUCCGAGGAAGAGAUGGCUGCAUGGGUUAACCUGAAUGCCUUUGCCGCACGUCUCUUCGCCCUCGACUCCGUAUCGUGGCCCAAUUUUGCUGUCUGGACCUUGCGAGCGGCCCUGGAAGAGGAAAUCUCUGGCCACAAAGUCGAAUGUGACGUAAAAGCGGCCGCACAAUGGAUUGUACGAUGUGGAAGUACCAUCUUCCGGCAUACCGCCACAGCGAUAGAAACCAAAUCGUUCCGCGGUGGCUCACUAUACAACGGACCCCCUUGCAUUUCGAUGGAGAGAUGGACCUUCUGGAAGCAGCGCUUCGGCGAGAUCUCGGCGUCGGAGGAAUCUCUAAGGGAGACGUGUCUGAUGGCGAAGAAUGCGAUGGAGAAUAUCGAAAAAGCUGGGUAG